CUUCUUUUGUUAGUCUAAGCCAGCAGCUUAUGAGGAAGGCGUUAGGUGCUGCUGACAGAGAUGGCUCUCCAAGUGCUGGGGUGGCAGAAAACACACGUUAUCCGUGUCGAUAAGUGGAUCCUUGGUAGAGCCACAUGACAAUAGCGCACUACGGCCUGUCACAAAAUGCUUGCAGAGCAGUAACCGCUCACUGGUCGCAAAAGGGGGUAUCCCGUGUUGUUGGAAGAGCAAAAAGAAAAAUAAAUUAGCACUCUGAUUUUCUUGCAACCUCUCAACACUCAGAAGAGUUUAUUUUGCGAGGGAGGAAUAUUUUUCUUUUCCUGUCAUUUGUCCAACAUGGUGGUUUGCCUCAUUCUAAAGCAUAAGUGCACUCCAAAUACACGCUGGUUUUCCUUUAACAAAACUUAGUUCCCUACUUUGACUUGAUAAGAAACUGGGACUUUGGCUAAUUAUUUUUUUGUAUUAAUCAUUUCAGGGAUUUCCGCACCUUUAAGAGUUUAAAUAAUUAAGAAGAUCAGGAUCACAAUAGAGGCGCUUGAUGACGCUCAUCCUUGGCAUUUUUUACUGAACUGAUGAUCGCUUUUGCACUAAGCCCAUAUCAUACAUGGAGAUUAUACUGUAUCUGGCUGUGCUCCGAGAGGAGGGAUAGAGGUUAAGCCUAAAGUCAGUUGAGCUGUUCAACUUUCAUAACCUCCCAAAGCUGCUCAUAACUAGUGUAAACUGAUGGGGAAGCUGAACACAUGUACUAUUCCUCAUUGCCUCAGUACAUACGUGCUGCAUGCAUACAAUGCAGACACUGCUUGCCUGAAGAAAGUAUGGUCAAUAAAUGUAAAAUCUCAACAUAUUUCGGAUGUUUGUACUUGCUUGUGCUUGCUGGCGUGGGUCAUACUCGAAAGUGGUAUUCAGUGUGUGCCAGAUGGCCGCCAGCCUUUUGUAAAAGCAACAUCAACAUGUUUAACAUGGGUUUAGAGGUGAUGUUGUUGUGCUAAAAGAGGAUCCGACAGAGACAGAUUAAGAGCCGGAAUAGACUCUUUAGAAAGUAGCUGAGACGCACAUAAAAAAAAUAACGAGGCAACAUUGUGUUUCUCUGCCAAGAAUAAUGCAAUCGCUUCACAUCAAAAGGGUGAUUCAAAUGUAAUGUCUGCACUGCACUUGGACUCUCUCCUCCCAUAACAGCACAGGCCAGAAAUACUGAGACAGGUGUCAAAUGUGCAUCUUUAAAUCUACCUUCACCUCACUCCUCAAUAAUCCUGCUUUAACAGCAAUAGGUAUGAGUUGUGCGAUUUCGUGCUAAGCCGUUGGGUCACUGGAUUAAUCCGUAUCUAAUCCGGGGGACCUGAUAGUAGGCCUUCUAAAAUAAAAUUGAAACUUUUUAAGCCACUUACCCAAAUCCAGUGGACGAAAAAGGAUACCAGAAUCGUGUCUAAAAUUCAAAGAAUGUGACCAAAAAUUGUCACAACUUUUUCGGCAUUGCUCACAAACUCCUCUUUUUUCUCAAUAAUGAACAUCAGCUUUCUAGCUAACAAGGAACAGGCUUGUUUUAAUGAUCCCAUGGUUUCUGAGUGACAGAGCACGAGCCAACCGAUGUGGCUACCAGCAAAAUUACAGCACAGGCUUUUUUUGGUUGCAUUAGUACCGGGGCCGGAUAUAGAACAGCCAAUCCUGGCUCUGAAAUCCCACUUUAUUUUACAACCUCUUAGCCCACCCUGGUGUCACCACAACAGAGCUGACUCACCAAGUUUGUCACUUUUCUUCUUCAUUAUUCUGGCAUUUUGUAGGCAGGUUGGGAUUUAGUGGUGGAAGAGCCUGCAGGUGCUCAUUCUCUGUGGACCUUGCAUGCUGGCCUAACCUCUGAGCUAGAGGUGUCUGACGGAUUAAUACGGACACACACACACACAGCGAGACCUGUGCUCUGCCACCAACACUGCAGCCAGGUGUUAACCCACGUGACUGCAGAUAAAGCCGGCAGGCAUUAGUGCUAAUCCCGCCCUGAUCUUUGGAAUAUGUCCCUAUUACCUCCCCAAGCACUCUCUAGCUGUCCCCAGGUCUCCUGAUGGUCACUUAAGAGGGAAAAGACAAGACAAGGCCUCUCUAGGACUCCAAAAAGCACGUUGUUUCUUUGCAGCAACAUAGUAGGUGCCUUUCCCACUCUUUGGUUUGCUACUGUUAUCUUACGAGUGCAGGUAUUUACGGGGUGUGUUCAGAGUAAUACAGAGACAGCCGGUCACAUGGCUCCAGCGAAGCUGCAACUCACGGUGCAUUAACAGUGUUCUGUAGGUACAGGCCUCAUGUUUAUGCAGUGGCAAACACACUGUGGUUAGACCUGCAGAGAUUUCUUGAUAUCAGGAAACAGCAAGAUGAUGUAAGAAAGAUAAUCUAGUCUUAUGUGAUGGAGCUGCUGAUUUUAGCAUGUGUACACCAUAGAAGUGAAGUGGGUGUCUGGCCAACAAUGAAGGUUGUACUUUGUCUAAAUUUCUAGACAAGCAUGCGUCAGAUGAUUGGGGAAGAGUGAAACCACGCAACUGCUGUACGUGUGUGUUUAUGGUAUGUAUGAGUCACAGAGAGAGAGGGGAGAGAGGGUGAAACAGAAGAGGCUGUAUUUAGAGAAUAUAUAGGAACAAAUGCUGCUGCAUGGUGAGACAUUGAAGUUGGUAUCUGCUUCUUUUUUUUCCAGCACAAAGACGCUCUUCAUUUUUGCCGUUCUGUGAUCUUCUGUCACAAUGACCGUGUCUCACUGGUCUCGAUCCAGACUGGCUGACAGGAAAGCCCCCCUAUCUGCUGUCUUCAUUCAAAAGUAAAAACCGCAAACGCCGCUUAUCCCCAUUUUGACAGAUCUCUACUUCAUCCGUAGGCUGUGGCAUUCUGUUGAGUGUCUCCUUCUGGCAAGAGAGGGAGGGGAGGACACGGGUGCCAUGCUGCUAUAUAAUUACAUUACCACCAGCUUAGAAGCACCAAGGCCACUGACCCAAUUAUUCCCCUAAAAACGUCGAUUUUCUUGUGUCAUUUGAAAGAAUGCGAUCUUUCAGAUCAUCAACAAGAGCUCAGUUGAUCGCUGCAGAUCGGCCUCCAACUGCGCCAUGUGUGCAUGCAUGCGAGAAUACAUAAUGUCUCGGGAAUGGCUUGACAGACUUAAGCAUUUCUGGAUGAACAGUUCACUUUCAUGGUUUGCCUCAGACACGUUAAAAGCCUUCUGGGACUGUUUUCUCUCUGCUGGUAGCUCUUCAGGUGACAUAUGGCCCAGAGCAAAUGUCAGGUGUGCUAUCACUCCCACACUCUGUAGAAUCACAAAAUCCUCAUUUCCGGCCGUUUCCAUGGCUUCAGACUGUUUUCUCGUCGUAAAUAGAAGAUUUUAUCCCUUUGUUGUGGGCCUCACACAAUCAACCGGCCUUCAUAUGCACACACUGGAGCAUGCAUGGGCAUAUCAUGAUGCUUUGCGAGGACCAGACAUGUUGUGUGGGAGCUGGUUUAGUUGUUUUUGCGAGUCAUCUGCACUUUUAUACCUCUGUUUGAGGAUGAGUUUUCCUUCUGCUACAGAGUCCUCAGGGCUUCCACUAUAUCCUCUCUGCAUUACUGCUCGUCUCUGUUUGCUAGGGGGAAAAAAAGGCAGCAUUUGUCCUCAGGAAGUCAGCUACUCAUUUACGUAUCCAUUGCUCUCCCUAGAAAACGCAGGUGCCCCUUCUCUCUAUCAGUAAGUGUAUAUUUAUGUCCACAGCGGUGGGGGCCAGUUACACAUAUUAAAUGUCUGUGCUGAUUAAUCAUCCGUGAACAUCUGAACAAGCUGCAGUGUGAUCCUUGGCACUUUUAUUGGCGCCAAUUGACUGCAGAUGUGACUAAUGUGUUUCUGAGUGGUGCAAUUAUGACAAUCAAAGUGUCUUCAGGGACAUGAGAUCAGUGCUUGAUGAUGAAUCUCCAUCCAGUGGCAGAGACAGUGGAAGACUCAUCUGUUCUUUACGAGGUAAUUGUUUUAUCAGGAUGAGCCACGGAGCCACGGAGGCUGAGGACACCGAUGCAUCUCUGCCAUGUGAAAUCGCUAACUCCAUGGAUUAAUAACUGCCCCGAAUUGGCCUAUUAAUAGCAUAGGAAAACAAAGCUCUCAUCCUUAGCUGUGUAGAGUAGAAAACGGCUUCAUUUAAAACUGAGAAUUCAACAAGUUCAUGGCCGGUGGACCGAGCUCUGUGCCGUUAGGGUUUGGGGUCGAACCAACAGAAACAAAAUGAAAACGUUCCCAUUUAGGCCUCCAUAUAUAACUUCUGAGGCCUUCGCAGGCGAGAAACAAGCGUCAGACAUAUGGCCAGUCAGUGAGUAACGUUCGGCCACAGCUACCGCGCCACCUCCAUGUUUGAUUUACGAGGACUGUGUGUCAAUUGAGGUUGUUAGGUGAAAUGUUUGACUUUCAAAUGAUUGUCGUAGUACCCCUUCAUUGUGCAGAAGCCGCUUACCACGUCAAACACAUAUGGAAUUAUGAGUGAUGACUCAAGCUUUGGCUGAUAUGACUGGUUAUACCUGUUUAUAUGCUGUUUGCACCACUGCAGCUCAUGCGCACAGUCCCUUUCUAUUUUCCAUAUGCGUUGUCCGAAUCACUCAGAUGCAGAGGAGUGCAGGGAAUUCGCCUAUAUUUCAACCACCAUGAAAAAACUGCAAUGCUCCUACUGUUUUUUUCUCUGUCAUGUGAUCUAUAGGAGUUGCUGACUUUUAGAGAAAACACUUAUUUUAGAGUUUUGUUUCUAUAAAAAACUGGGCAACCAUGCAACAUGUUUUCUCACGGUAAACAAUCCGGCUGCCUGCAAACGUUCCCCUGCAGAAUCCGGUCUGGCAAAGCACUUUGUAAAGCUGGUCUGGAUUUGCUGUUAGUCGCUGCCAGUGUACCAUUUCCGACUCUGGGGGAAUGUUUUGCUCAUUGGUGACAUGAUGCGAAGAGAACAAAGCAGUGAGCUUGUAAAAAAACAUACCAGUGGUUUGACGUUAAGGGAAAAAAGAAAACAUGGCACAUAAGUCCUCCAAAUUGAGUUUUGUGGCUGCAGUGUUGCUGCAUCUGUUGGAAGGGAGGGGCGGUGUAAGAUAAAGGGGUAUACACGCUUGCACGUUCUAUCAUACAUAGAAUUCCAAAUAGGUGUGGUUGAGACAUUGUAAAGGAAGGAAUGUGUUUUCCCUCUUUUCAAAGGAUUUUUGGGGAGGCUUUAGAAAACGGGGGUGGAGGCGGCUCAGAUGCUCAUUCUCAUCAAAAUGCACAAAUUUUCUGCAGGUUUGCAGGGGUUGCAUCCCGUUUGCCUUCAGCUCAAAUAAGGAAUGGCAGUCGUGGUGUUUUUUCCUUUUUUCUACUUUUUUCACUCUCCCAGGCUGCAGUGAUACAACUUUAAACACACAUCUGCAUUCUUGGGUGUCAGCGAGUGAUGUCGAGCUCAUGGAUCAUGACCUCACUUAUAGUGAGAAUGAGCUGGUAGCAGAAUCAGAGAAAGUAAACCGGUGGUAAAUUAAAAGCCCCGCUGCAGAAGCCUCACUCGAGAGAAGUAGAUUCGUGGAAAGGUCGCAGAAAUGUGAUGGUGAGUUUCAAUGCUCCUCCACGUUCUAAGAUGAAGUUAUGGAAAGGUGCUACUUUUGCCUUCAUGCUCUGUGCUGCAGCCCUGUCCACCAUCCUCAUUAGAAACAUGGCCACCAUCAGACAGUUCAAGCUUAACACAAAAUAUCCAUCUUCACCCUCGUCGAGACCGUCUUCAUUAUUAAAAUCAGCAUCCAAGACCUCGCCGCCAUCAUCAUCAUCGCCCUCUUCAGAAUCAAGGCCAGUGCCCCAACAGAUGGGUGAUCUGCAUCGGAGGAAACGCUCAACAGACGACAUGAAAUCUUUCCUCUCAGAGUUUACCAUGAUGCUGCAGAGCUUCACCGAGGGCGAGCUUCAGCACGUGGUCGGAACCUUGCUAGAAAGGAAGCGAAGGAAGAGCCGGCGGCUUGCUGAGACCCAGGGCCGCAGGACUAAAAGGGCCCGAAAGCGCAAGCUGUGCUCCGUCAGGGAGCUCGAAGUGAAAGUGAAUGAACUGGGUCUCAAAUAUAAGAGCGAAGAGACGGUGCUGCUGCGCUACUGCAGUGGCAAAUGCGAUAAACACCGGGAAAACUAUGACAUGGUCAUGAAGCACAUGAUGACAGUGGGCUUCAGAGAGAAGGGCCGCAAGGACAAAGUUAGCAUUCAGCCCUGCUGCCGACCGACUGCAUUUGAGCACUUUACCGUCCUGGACACAACAGUAAACCCCAGCCGCUAUCUGAACAUACACAACGUAUCUGCAAAGAACUGCGGAUGUGUAUGACCCAGAGAUAUGGACUUCUUUAUGCUGCUCUCACUCUCUGAUGGAAGAGUCAUGGAUGCUGUUAACAGAAAAUCUAUGGAGUAUAAACUCAAUGAGAGGAAGAUGUGAAUAUGUUCCUGGAUGCUCCAAAGCAGCUUUUUUUAAAAAAUAAUAAUUUUAUUUUUUUUUGUUGGACAGAUAGACUCUGGCAUUUGACCAUCAGUCUUCACAAGCUGAGACAGUGUCACGUGGACAGCAAGACUUGACCUGUACAAAGGCAGACUAUGGCUGCUUAAAUCACAAGUUUUUAUCUUUUCUAUCCAUGUAGUAACACUGUAAACUGUGGUGUAACAACAAUGUAGCAAGGUUUUGUUUGUGAUGUCAUAUUUCAGUAGUAGUAAAUGAAACAGAUUCAUGAUUUAUAAGCUGUAGGGGACCAGAUCAGUGCUGUAACUGGACUUCAUUCCCACCGGUGUUAAUCACAGGACGCUUCAGCCUCUUGGCCUGAUUAUAAUGUUUUGUGAUCUGGCUUAAAGCGUGCUGUUAUUACAGGCCAUGACUUUGGUUCCCUACUUCUAUGCAAUGUUACUAACUGCAGUGUUAUUACACAGGUAAAAGAAAAAAGUGUUACUGAUUAGAAUUUGCUAAUGCAAGAAAAUCAUUUUCUAUAGCUCCAGGUUUUAUACCCACGUUAAAAAACUCCAGUGUAUGUCGCUUUUGUGUUCAAUAACAGCAACAGAGCAAUUUAAACAUUUCACACAUCUGCUCUCUUGAGUUCUACUUUCUCAAAACACCCCAGUCUAAAAUAUGCAAUUACCCAUAAUUUUCAGGAAUUAUUUUCCCCAAAUAAUUGACAUAACACACCAAGUCAAAUCCACAAAGUUAAAUUCAUAAACAUCGCACAUAUCAAGUUGCCGGUGAUAUAACCCUUUUCAUUUUUGUCUCUGGGUGUCAUUUGUGAACGUUUACACUUACACGGUCAUUAGCUAAUCUGAGAAGCAGGUGUAAAAGAGAAAAAUGGUUUUUAGUGAAAAACUAAAAACUUGGCAAAGUAGACGCUGGGAUCUGAAGUGAUGUUCGCACCUCUCCAUAAAACCAUGUAACCUUUUCCAAUCCAGAACCCACAGUACAGCCUUCCACUGGCCCUUCAAAUGCCUCCUUUGUUGUAUUGCCUGGUUGACUUUAGGGGAGAAAAAGCUGUUGAAAUGACUCAUUAAGCAUCUUUUUCACCUUCGCCGAUUUUUAUUUGGUUUGAACCCAUAGCAACUGCCUGAAGUAAAAACACAUUAUGUCUGUCUGUUAUUUUCCUUUUGACUUUUUUUUUUUUUCCGGGAAGGUGAAAUGGAGAUGCGGUGCAUCUUUUUUUGUUGUUCUUAUUGUAUUUAUUUGGGAAAUAAAUUAUGGUUUUGCAUAUUUAUUUAGAUUACCACACAGAAAUGGGACAGCUUAUCAUCAUUAAGAAACUGUGCCAAAAAAUGUUUAUCUUACAUUCUAUACUGACUGCUGAAUAAAUAUAAUUUCAGACGUAUGGAUGUUUAUCGUUUCUCCCAAGUCACUGAUUUUGGGGGUGUCAAAUAUUCUGUACUCAGAUUGUAUUUAAAAUAGAAAAUAAAUAAAACAAUAAACUUUCAA